GCACACGGCACUAACGCCAAUCCCGACUCCCUGCGUCUCCUCCUCGCCUCCCUCGAACCUCCAAAUCUCAUCCCAUCCAUCCCAUUUUCCUGUCACUCCCCUUUCCAGCCACCCUUCUCCCUCUCUUCUUCUCCUUUCUCGUCGUUUUCUUUCUUAACGACUUCCUCGCGUCUUCUUUCCCAUCCUUCUCCUUUUGCUUCUUUCCCACUUCGUUCUCUCCUAUCUCAGUCACCAUGGAAGAGGAAGUUGCUGCUCUCGUUAUCGACAAUGGUUCGGGUAUGUGCAAGGCCGGUUUCGCCGGUGACGAUGCACCCCGCGCUGUUUUCCCGUCCAUCGUCGGUCGUCCGCGCCAUCAUGGUAUCAUGAUCGGUAUGGGCCAGAAGGACUCCUAUGUUGGUGAUGAGGCACAGUCGAAGCGUGGUAUCCUCACGCUCAGAUACCCCAUUGAACACGGUGUCGUCACCAACUGGGAUGACAUGGAGAAGAUCUGGCACCACACAUUCUACAACGAACUCCGUGUCGCUCCUGAGGAGCAUCCCGUCCUCCUGACUGAAGCCCCCAUCAACCCCAAGUCCAACAGGGAGAAGAUGACCCAGAUCGUCUUCGAGACCUUCAACGCCCCCGCCUUCUACGUCUCCAUCCAGGCCGUGCUGUCUCUGUACGCUUCCGGUCGUACCACCGGUAUCGUGCUUGACUCUGGUGACGGUGUCACUCACGUCGUUCCCAUCUACGAGGGUUUCGCCCUCCCCCACGCCAUCUCGCGUGUCGACCUGGCUGGUCGUGACCUGACUGACUACCUUAUGAAGAUCCUUGCUGAGCGCGGCUACACCUUUACUACCACCGCUGAGCGUGAAAUUGUCCGUGACAUCAAGGAGAAGCUCUGCUACGUUGCCCUGGACUUCGAGCAGGAGAUUCAGACCGCUUCCCAGAGCUCCAGCUUGGAGAAGUCCUAUGAACUCCCUGACGGUCAGGUCAUCACCAUUGGCAACGAACGUUUCCGUGCUCCCGAGGCCCUGUUCCAGCCUAGCGUCCUUGGUCACGAAGGUGGUGGUAUCCAUGAGACCACUUUCAACUCUAUUAUCAAGUGUGAUGUCGAUGUUCGUAAGGAUCUCUACGGUAACAUUGUCAUGUCUGGUGGUACCACCAUGUACCCUGGUAUCUCCGACCGUAUGCAGAAGGAAAUCACCGCCCUCGCCCCCUCGUCCAUGAAGGUUAAGAUCAUUGCUCCUCCUGAGCGUAAAUACUCUGUAUGGAUCGGUGGUUCCAUUUUGGCUUCUCUGUCCACCUUUCAGCAGAUGUGGAUCUCCAAGCAGGAGUACGACGAGAGCGGUCCUUCGAUUGUGCACCGCAAGUGCUUCUAAGCUCUUGUUUUCUGCUCGUUUCAUUCGCUCGUGUUUUUCUAUUAUAUCAAAAUGCGGGACGGAGGCAGUGGUGGCUCGAUGUGUUCAUCUGAUCUGUAGGGUCAGGGAAUAACGUGAAAAGAACGGUUUACCUGGAGAUGGUUGGAGGCUUGGCGCUCGACAGAAAGGCCAUUCUCUCAACGGCAGGAGGUUCGGUAUCAGGAAAUGUCAUGCGAAGGAAGCGAUAUAAGAGAAGCAUAUCCAUGGGGCUCGAAACUGUACCGUAUAGUUCCAUGCUCGUCUUGAGUUAUCUACUCUCUCCGUGCUGGCUUUCGCGUCAUAGAUUUCCAAACACUGCCAGGGCGUGUGGGCUUCCUGUCGUUGAUCAAGACGGACCCUUUUUUCUUCUUUUUCCCCCUUGGCCUUUCUAUGUCCUCUAGUGUGUUAUCCAUGUUCAGUUUUAUCUUCACCCUACGGGCGCAUCAAUAAGCAGCAAGCUUGGAGUUGAAUAGACCACAUACCACGAAGCAGCGUCUUGUAGCGAACAGCAGCCAGUUAUGAUGCCAGUGACAAACAAUAUUCGGAUGGAACUGGCUUGUCUUGAUGCUGAGUAGAACAAACGUCUAGCUUCUCUGAAAACGCUGUGCCAUUAAUGCUGUUGACCCUGGUACCAGCGUAGCUGCGGUACUGUGGGUGUGACCCAAAAGUUUAGUCAACUAUUUUUGAAGCUAAAAAUAUUCGCUGAA